AUGGUCCACAAACACCUCCAAGACUCACAUGAAUCACUCACGCUAUAUGCCAGAUACGAGUUUCUGAAAAGGAAUCCAGUUUCAGAAGCUCAUCGAAAUUUUUGUGAAAUGCUGACGUCGGAAAAAGGGGACAAUGCUUCUAAUACCCUGACAAACUGCAGACCGGUUUACACAACUGCAAUAAUGUUCUAUGGAACGUGUGUUGAAAAACCUGAAGAAGUCAAUCCAGAAGAAGAUUCAGAUACUGAUUCAGAAGAUUUGAAUCCUCCUAAAGAACAAUUCAAAGUGAAUUUUCAUAAGAAAGAUUUGAGCAAAUUCUACGAGAAAUUUUAUGAAGAGAAACACAAAACUGAAUCAAUAAAAAAUGUUAUUGCUGCUUCUGGAGCUCUAGAACGAUUGUAUCUCCGAACUUUGAAUGGAAAUUUCCUUGAAUAUGUCAAGAAGUCAAAAUUUCCAAUAAGUCACUUACGCACCACCAGAGCAUAUGGGAAGGUUAAACUUCAAUUUCACGACAAGGGAAAGAAGAAAAUUCAGAAUUUGGAAUACUGGAGAUGUGACAAAUACAGAACACUCAUUUGGAGAAACUAUCAUGCCAGAUUAGAUGGUUCGAGAAGAUUCCAGCAAUUUGCUGCACGCAAUGUAUUUCAAAUGACUCGCUGUACUCCAUUGGAUGAAAUUGAAUUCAAAACCGAACCGUAUAGUUCCUGGAACGUUGCUUUUGAGCCAUUUGACAAGUUCUACUAUAUCCUAGCGGAUUGUUUCUUAAAAUCGCUCGUUCUUAAAAUGAAUGCUAAGAAAUUUUCAAUGGAUAUCACAUGGUUUAAAUCCACCCCUCAAGAUAAUAAUCCAAAAAAAGAGCCGUUGUUGGUUUUGUUAAAUCUUAUGAAACCAGAAGCCAUAGAGCACAUAAAGCUCCGAAAAUGGGAUGACUGGCAUAUACGAGAAAAUAGAAAGACAAGGAUAAUGAGAAAUUUUUCGCGGAAGGUUCGACAAUUGGAACAAUGGAGAAUGACUCGAAAACUUGAUAUUCUGGAUAAGAAUAUACAAGUUUUGCCGGAAGACUAUAUUGUUGGAAGCCAAGCGGAGACAAUUCGAGUGGGGUUGAAAGAAAAAGAUGUGUAUGAGCUUUGCGAAUUGGUCCGCCAACGUCGAUUUCCGUUCUUCUUAACAAUGACAGUAAACGGUGACUUUGAUUACUUGAAAGCUGUGGGCUUGUUGGCUGUAAAAAGAGACAUAAAACGAGUACCUCCAUUCGAAGUGAAUGAGAAUUUGGUCAAGGUUUCAUAUCGAUUGGGAAAUUUCCAAGACCGCAAAUCUCUUGAGUUCUUUAUGGAUUUCGAUAAUGCCGAAUGGGAGGGAAAGAAAGAGAAUAAGAUAUUCUUCCACAUCAAAGAUACGACUGAUGAAAAGACGAAAAACUAA